AAACACUCGAAACCAAAGAAAUAGCUACUUAGAGAGAGAAGAGCUGAGAAGAGAGAAAUGAAAAUGUCCCUCACACAAGUGGCUAUUAUGGCUGUUUUCAUUACAGUCUCCACAGCAGCAAUCACUCGAAAUGACCCAAUUAGAGAGCACCCUCACUCGGUGGUAGUGACUGAGGGAGGGUGGGCACACUUCACAUGUGCUAUCAAACUCCCUGGAAUGAUACGGUGGAGGAUUGGAGACUUUGAGAACAACGGCAGUGUCUACAACGGUGUUAGUAACCUGGCUGGGCUGGAGGGAGCCACUGCUGAGAGAUUCUCUUACACGAUCAACAAAACGAAGAAGAUGCUCCAUGAGACGAUACGAGUUCUGGCCACAGUGGAGUUGGACGGCAUUCCAGUCCAGUGUAUGUAUGAAUCUAACGACGAGAGUACAAAGAAGGACAGUUUCAGCAUGUUUGCUCUGAUACAUGUGAACAGUACAUUUGGCAGUGGGGACAUCUAAUAAGAUUUAAUCUGAUCUUGUAUUGCAUACAAUUAUAAUUGCCAUAUCUAUAUUUAUUGGUGCUAGGAGAAAGAAGGAGCAUAAUGUAGCUACAAGCC